GUAGUUUUUGGGACCUGCGGUGAACUCUUGACGUCUAGGAUUUUUUAUGAUCCUGAUCCGUCUAAAAAUAGAUAUAUCAUGGUUUGUCUGACGGACCUUGACCUUUUUCUCGGGGCUGUGUUAUUGAACAACAAUAACGCACAUCUCGCAAAUUUGGGUGUACCCGUCUCCCCGAAGAUUCCAUAUGUGAGAGCAUCCUUCAGAACACACCCAAAUCUAUCUAUCAGCAGAAGGGCUGCUUUGGUGGGCUUACCCAAAAAAGUACUGCGUGGUAUGAUUAAGGAUGAUUUUACAGUAGAGGAAAUUGAAAGACUGAAAAAAGAGGGACAGAGUAAAGAAAAGGAAAAAUAAGGGGCAAGAAUAAACUCUACUCUACAUACAACGUUGGAAGAUAAUUGAUUGGAGGCUCAUUGAAAAGCACGAAAAAUAUAUGCGUUUGUGACGUGAAGUUUGUUCUGAAAGGAGCAAUAAUGCUGUGUUUGACAUUUUUAGUCAUAUUGAUUCGCAUAAGCAUGCAAUUUUAGUGUUAUGUGUAC